AUGGCUCGUCUGGUUACCAGCGUUUCGCGAACGAGACGGAGCUCGUCGUACUUGUCGCUCGCGGUGUUUCUUCUCGUGCUACUCCUGCUCUUCGCGACCGUCGCUCGCUCCGCUAAGAUCACAUUCAUCAGGAAGAACGGCAAGACGUACGUGAUUAAAACGGGCGGCGACGAUUGGGACGACGAUGACGAUGAUCUGGAGGAAACGGACGGCGAGGAUGAUCCGAAGCGGGAGGGAGCAGAUUCGGCAGAAGCAGGAACCCCAGCAGGAUCUAAGAAAGCGACGAAGGAUAGCGACGAGCCUAAGCGAGGCGAGGCGAUUAAAGCCGUCAAAUCGCCCGAAUCGGCAGCGGCAGCGGCGGAAGCGGCGGCGGCGGCGGCGCUAGCGGCAAUGGCGGACGAUCCGCUGGUGGAGAAGUAUAAACAGGAGCCGUUGGAUCCGGGAUCGUGGCGGACAGCUGUCGAGAUGCCAUUGGCGGACGUGCGCCGGCGCGCGGAGCAGGGGGACGCGGAGGCGCUGUGGGCGCUGGGGGUGAAGCGGCUGGUGGGCGCGGGGGGGCGAGGGGGAGUGGCGCGGGAUAUCCCCAAGGCGCUGCUGCUGCUGGAGCGCUCCGCGGAAAAGGGAUUCCCCCACGCGCACUCCGCGCUGGGGUUCCUCCACGCGAGCGGAUACGGAGUUCCGCUGAACCAGGUGAAAGCGUUUCUGCACCACACGUUUGCCGCGAAUGGAGGCAGCGUGCACUCCAAGAUGGCCCUCGCCUUCUCACACCUGCGCCAGCAGGAGUUUGAGCGUGGAAGGGGAUGGCAUGUGAAAGCGUUUCUCCACCACACGUUUGCUGCCAAUGGCGGCAGCGUGCAUUCCAAGAUGGCCCUCGCCUUCUCGCACCUCCGCCAGCAGGAGUUCGAGCGCGCCGCGGCGCUUUACGCUGACGUGGCAGCCAAGUCAAUGGCGGUCAACAGCCUCCCGGGGCAGGCGCCGCUGAUAGAGACGGUGCAUCUGAGCGCGGGAGGGGAGGAGAGUUUGGAGGCGACGAGAGGGCACAGGGGAGAGGCGGAUGAAACCAUUCAGGGUGGGCAGGCGCCGCUGAUAGAGACAGUGCAUCUGAGCGCUGGUGGGGAGGAGAGCCUGGAGGCGACGAGAGGGCACAGGGCAGAGGGCACAGGGCAGAGGGCACAGGGGAGAGGGCACAGGGCAGAGGGCACAGGGCAGAGGGCACAGGGCAGAGGGCACAGGGCAGAGGGCACAGGGCAGAGGGCACAGGGCAGAGGGCACAGGGCAGAGGCGGAUGAAGCCAUUCAGUUCAUCGAGUUGCAGGCAUCACGGGGAGCGGUGGAGGCCAUUCGCACGCUGGGCACGCUCUACUACUGGGGGGCGCGGGGCAUGCCGCGGGACCACGUGAGGGCGUUUGGGCUGAUGAAGAAAGCCGCUGAGAUGGACGACCUGCAUGUGAGUGGGGGACACGACAGGGAGGAGAGCUGCAGGGAGGAGAGCUGCAGGGAGGAGAGAGGAGAGAGGAGAGAGGAGAGAGGGGAUAAAUCAGCAAGGCGCCAUGCUGACGCUGGGCCUAUGCACGCGGGUCCCUCUCCUCUUGUGACCUUACGUCAUUUAAAACUCCCUUUACACAAUCGCCCUCCGCAACAGGCCAUGUUGACUCUUGGCGAGAUGCUCACACACGGUGUGGGCUGCAAGGCCAACCCCGUGGAGGCAAUGGUGUGGUUCAACAAGGCGUAUGCACGCGGGCUCGUGAGCGCGCUCAACGGAGUGGGAUACCUGCACGCUAAAGGGCUGGGGGUGCCUCAGGACUACCACAAGGCGGUGCAAAACUUUCUCACGGCUGCCCGGAAGACCCGGGAUGUGGACGCGUUGUACAAUCUGGGAAUGAGCCACCUUAGAGGGCAGGGCGUGAGACGCAACCCCAGCAAGGCGCUGCGGUUCCUGCAGCAGGCGGUGGAGGGGCAGCACGUGGGCGCCAUGUACCAGAUGGGCAAGAUGCAUCUGACAGGGACUGGGGUCCCGAAGAAUGUUGUCAUGGGAGUGGGGUUAGGCACAUCAGAAGAGGGGAAGGGGGCGAGUGGGUGGCAGCACGUGGGCGCCAUGUAUCAGAUGGGCAAGAUGCACUUGACUGGGACGGGGGUUCCCAAGAAUGUAGUUAUGGUGAGAUGGGUGCACAAAUACAGGAGCGGAGCCCAUGGGGGGUCAUGCUGCCCAUGGGGGGUCAUGCUGCCCCUCGCUCUCAUCGAGGCGGCGCGGCUACUCAAGGCAGUGACGGAGCGGGGGCCAUGGGGGGUCAUGCUGCGGUGGGCACACGCAUGCUUCAUGUCAUCCACCCACGGCCCCUCCCUCGGGUCCCUCUCUGUUCCCUCUGCUGUCAUCCCUGCCGCUCGCCUUCUAAAGGCGGUGGCGGAGCGGGGGCCAUGGGGGGUCAUGCUGCGGUGGGCACACGCAUGCUUCAUGUCAUCCACCCAAGGCCCCUCCCUCUGGUCCCUCUCCCGCUCCGCCUCCUCCUCCUCUCCCUUCUCCCUCUCCUUCUCCUUCUCGCUCUCCUCCCCGCUCUCCCCCCCCUCCCUCCGCUCCUCCUCCUCCUCUUCCUCCCCGUCCGCCUGGCCUGCUUCCUGUGAUGUGGGCACAUCGCUGAUGCUCUACUCGAGAGCUGCGGAGUUGGGGUAUGAAGUGGCACAGGGGAAUGCCGCCUGGCUGCUGGAUAAGUGCGUUCAUCACUUUGCAUCGUGUGAUGUGGCCACGUCGUGGAUGUUCUAUUCUAGAGCUGCCGAGUUGGGGUGUGAAGUGGCGCAGGGGAAUGCCGCCUGGCUUCGGGAUAAGAUAAGCCUGCCUGCAUCAUGUGAUGUGGCCACGUCGUGGAUGUUCUAUUCUAGAGCUGCCGAGUUGGGGUGUGAAGUGGCGCAGGGGAAUGCCGCCUGGCUUCUGGAUAAGAUAAGGUGGUUGGUGACUCGGUGCUGGACAAUGCGUGUGGUGGGUGACUCGGUGCUGGACAAUGCGUGUGUGGGCGCUCCUCGCAGCACCGCCACCAGCACUGCCACUUCAUCUUCCUCUGCUUCCUCUGCUUCACCUGAAGCGGUUCAGAAGGACAGGGAAGCUACAGAUGGGGUUGCAAGCGAUGAGAAUAACGCAGUGGGUGGAGAGGGGUCAGCAAGUGGUGGAGAGGGGUCAAGAGGUGCAGAGGCCGGUGCUACAGGUGGGGAACCGUCUCAAGGGGAUGAAUUAGAAGGCGGUGGGGUAGUGCAAGGGGAGGGAGGCAGAGCGGAGGAGCAGCAGGAGCAGAAUGAACAGAAGGGACAGAAGGAACAGCAGGAGCGGAGUAAGGAUAGUGUCACUAGCGGCAGGAGGGGUUGGAGGCGGUGCAGUGAGGCGGAGAGGCAUGAGAGGUCGCACCGACUGUGGCAGCUGGCAGCAGAGCAGGGCAGCGUGCAGGCAGCACUGCUGCUGGGUGAUGCCUUCUUCUACGGUCGAGGCCAGCCGCGGGACCUGCAGCGAGCAGCAGAGGCGUACUGGAGGGCGAGGGAGAAGGGCAGUGCACACGCCAUGUUCAACCUGGGGUUCAUGCACGAGCAUGGCAUGGGACUGCCCAGAGACCUGCAUUUGGCCAAACGAUUCUAUGACCAGGUUCUUGAUGCCUUCCCCCGGGCAGUGGUGCCGGUGAGAAUCGCCCUCUUCGGCCUCUGGCUGCGCAUGCAGUACGGCCACUACCCUCUUGUGUCCAAGGCAUUGGAUGUGUUGCCUGAGAUCGGCCCGGCCACGGCGGGGGCAUUGAAGGCGGCCCUGAGGGACGACACCAACGCCUACAUCGCUUCGCUCCUCGCUCUCCUGCUUGCCGUUCUCUUCCUGCGCUCCCAGCGCCGCCAGCAACGAGUGGUGCAGGCGUGA